UAGUUAUUCACUCCAACAUUAAUGAUGGCUUUUGUGGUUGUAGUGAUUUUGAGGGCACCUAAGAACACUAAAGUACUUGGUCAUUAUGCAUAUAAGUCUCCAGAAUACAUGAAAUUUAGGAUGACACUUUCAAUUUUGAGACAGUCAAUGCACCCUACCAACAAGACCUUUUGUCACCUAGCAUUUCCUACCACAAGUCUUUGGGAUGUAGACUACUGCAAUCCGUCACUAGUGGGAUUUAUUAACCACUGCUGUCAACGUGAUAGUUUUUUUUUCUUUCUACCCAAGACUAAAGAACACUGGUAACCUGGAUUUGUCUGUCGUUUCCUCACGCAAAUCACUUUCACUAUUCUAGAUGGUUUUGAUGUUCUGAAGACCGCUUCAUGUAAUAUCUCUGCUGUCAUACCCAAAUAAUGUUGGAAUUAUAACAGCAUCCACUUACUAUCAUACCUGAAUAAAAACAGCGUCUUUGGUCUCUUCACGCCACUUAUGAAUAUAAGUAGAAGCUAAUCGACCAUUCUGAACCGAUGACUGUGUAUCGUGUAUGGGAGGUUCAUGACGUAUACGGAAGACGUUAGUCUCGCGAGAGUUUUUGGACAGACAAGGGGUUUGAUAUUAAGGAUUGAGCCCGUGGGGUAUAAAAGGAAUUUCUGAAUAUGAGUGAUGACAAACCGUUCUUAUGUACUGCUCCUGGGUGCGGGCAGCGAUUUACAAAUGAAGACCAUUUGGCUGUCCACAAACACAAACAUGAGAUGACACUAAAGUUUGGUCCAGCAAGAGACAACAGUGUCAUAGUUGCUGACCAAACUCCUACACCUACGCGCUUUUUAAAGAACUGUGAGGAAGUUGGACUCUUCAACGAGCUUACUAGUCCUUUUGAGCAUGACUUCAAAAAAGCUGCUGAUGAUGACACCAAAAAGAUGCCCUUGGAUUUGUCACCUCUUGCUACACCAAUGAUUAUACGAAACAAAAUUGAGGACCACUCAGCUGUUGAAGCACACCGAGACAGCCCGCUGCCUCACCCGGAAUCUACCACAAAUGAUGACAAGGAGGUAUCUUUGCAGCCGACCUCACUGCCAACCUCUACUAUAGUCCAUCCUGCAUCCCUCCAAGUCCCCAAUGUACUUCUAGCGACCUCAGAGGCUAGUGUUGUUUUACAGCAAGCUCUCCCAUCGCCAACAUCUAGCUCUGUAAUUACCCAAGUCCCAUCCUCUAAUAGACCAAUAGUUCCAGUCUCUGGCACUUUCCCUGUACUCCUGCAGCUUCCUAAUGGACAGACCAUGCCUGUCGCUAUCCCAGCCACCAUCGCAUCCAGUGUACAUAUUCCUACCACCAUUCCUCUUGUCAGACCCGUCACCGUAGUGCCUAACGUCCCCGGGAUCCCUGGCCCCCCCUCGCCACAAGCCAUCCUGCCGGAAGCUAAGCUGACGUUGAAGGCGGUAUUGAGCCAGGAGCUCCCUCAGGUAACCAGUGGAGAGGCUGGUGAUGUUCAGAGCAGUGCCAUGACCCACACUGCAUCCCUGGCCCCAUCCCCUGCUCCUUCCCAAGCCCCUUCCCCCGCUCCAACUCAAGCCCCAGCGGAAGAACCCCGCCCCCAGGCGCUCCAGCAGCCUGCCACCUCUACCACUGAGACACCUGCAUCCAAAGCGGCCCCUGCACAACACACCCCAAGCACAGGGGGCCGACGGCGCAGAGCCACAAGCGAGGACCCAGACGAGAAGAGGCGCAAGUUCCUGGAACGUAACCGAGCAGCGGCGUCACGAUGCAGGCAGAAGAGGAAGGUCUGGGUGUCUUCGCUGGAGAAGAAGGCAGAGGACCUCAACGCCAUGAACGGACAACUCCAGAACGAAGUCACCCUGCUGAGAAGUGAAGUGGCUCAGCUGAAGCAGCUCCUCCUGGCUCAUAAAGACUGCCCAGUAACCGCCAUGCAGAAGAAGUCUGCCUAUCACCCGUCUGAGAAGGAGGACAGCUGUGAGGAGAUGUCGGUCCCGGGCAGCCCCCAGAACGAGGCCAUCCAGCACAGCUCCGUGAGCACCUCCAAUGGAGUCAACGCCUCCAUGGCCUUGGCUCCGGCCCACGCGCCCACCACGGCAGACCGGAGCGUGGCGGGAGGCAGGCCCGUGAGGGGCGCUGCCCUGUCCACCACCCAGACUCCUCCCUCAGGGAGCUGAUGGCCCCCAGCGCGCCCCAGGCCCUGGUCCACUAGAGGAACUCACUCGGCUUCAGUUUGGACUAUACUGUCUCUGUCCAUUGAUUCGCUCCUUGUUCCUUUAGAUUCCCUUGAAAUGCUUUGUUCUUGUCGAAAUGGUCUGUGGAUAAUUGGUAAAGGUGUAAGAGAAGGCACUUUACGAAAAGGGUUUGACAAUGGAAUUAAUUGUUUUAGUCCAAGUCUGUUGGUAUUUAUUUAAUUUAUUGGCUGUGCGCACAGGUCCUUUUUGUGUUGGACUCCUGUGAACUAUAAAGGUGAAUGAUUGAAUCAGUGCAUUUUCAAUGAGACUUUUACCAAAGUGUGUUUUUUCUCACUGGGAUUUUUUUUUAAUGUCCUUAAGCACUAUCUUUCUCUUACAGUGAGAAGACAGAAGGAGCAGUCACUUGUUUUAUUUUUGCCUUUUCCAUUUUGCACAUGAAGAAAGAUUAGGGUUUACCUUUUUAGUGUUUUGACAUGAGAUGUAUUGGCAGCUUUUAGGGGCACAGUGGUUUUAAAUACCGGUAUUGUUACAAAACGUCAAUCGCUGAAUCCGAUUUUAACGGACAACCUUUUUUGUGAGUGAAUAGUGUGGCUAUGUCUGCCGGUCGCACUAUGUGGUGUGAAUGUUCAGAGUUGCCUCCACUUGUAAAAUAAUCUUCAGGAGGAGCUUGUUAGAAUUCUGUGAGUAUUCUUUGACCAACAUUCCAUCUGUAGUCUGAUUGUUCCAUGGAGCAGUGAUUGUAGGAUUGCAGUACAUUUUACAUUACACAAACAUAUUGAUGUUGACUUAACCAUGUGCCAUUAAUGUUGUUUAUCACACAGGUUGAUUUGUGUCAUUUGAAUUAGGACAAAUUAUCCCUUAAUGAGUGUUCCCAGGUACAUCUUGUCUUGUUAUAAAGAUCAUACUUCUGAGGGUUUCGGCUUUCUGAGUGACUGUCCAUUGCUCUCAUGUUUGACACUGAACAAAUACUGCUGUGGAAUAAACCCCAGUUAAUACAUGAGUUAAGAAUAGGACAUUUGAGGACAUUGUAAAUGACAUCAUUACUCUUACUUUGUGAUCUUUCCAUGUUAGGAAAUGUUUUAAAGAGUGGUUUUAACCAUCCAUUAAAGUUGUAAUGAGAAACUUUUUUUUAUUUUUAGUAAUGACAGAUCAACUUGAGAAACCUUCAUUGGACAUCAGCCUAAAACAAAGGUUCUGUUUGUCUUACGUAGUACAAAAUCUUUAAAAACACAACAUGUAAAUAGAAUCAUACUGCUGCACCCAAAACUUACUGACCAAUUCAGGAUGUACUAUGUUUAAAUUGAUCUAAUUCUGCUUUUAAGCAUAGUGACGAUUACAAAAUAAUAGUAGGUUGCAAAUCACACCAUUAUUUUAAAUCAAAUUGCCUUUUGUCUUUAUAUGUAUUGGCUUACUACUGUGUAGUUUAAUGAGACGCAAAUGCAUUGUUUUUCUUCAGUAAUCAUCUACUGCUCUUUUUUUAACAGGUGUUUUGUACUGUCACUGUUAUGUGCUCUGCAUGAUAAAAUAAUUCUCUGAGAGAAUAAACUGAUAUUAAAUAAUGUCUCAGUCCAAUAAGUAACAAAAAACGUUUCACCUUGAGUUGAAACUAGAUGGUCUUAAGUUUAUGAAAGGUUUUGUAAAUUGUUUUACCUCUGCUUAACUGCUUUAAAGGGGUGUGAUAUUGUGUUGGCAGUAUACUUGUAACUUGUGAAAGUUAUGUAUAAUGUCUAAUAAAUAAGAUGUUGUAAUAAAACUUUUAAUAUCUCUUUAAACCCA